AUGUGUGAACCAUGUCCAUGUGCGUGUGCUUUUCUAACAAGUGCCGCAAGACUCACGCGAGUUUUCAUUGAGAUUAACAUUAAUCCAAGAUUGACACUCGAAGAAAGCCUUCUACUUGUUACAACCUCUAUAAUAGUCAGAGCCUCCGAAUUAUAUUUUCUUGAUUGGCAGUGGGUGUGGGAAUUCUACUACGCCCACCUACCUAGUUGUGGCCUGUGCACCUGUGCCGACGAAGCUCUCAACGAAAGUCAUUUCUUGCAUAUGUACUUAGAAGAAGUAGAUUAUAGUAUCGAUAGAAGAACGAAAAACUCUUGUCUAUCAGUUUCUGAUGUUUAUAUCAGGCGAUGCAGUAAACUAAGCACGCGUAAUCAAAUAUAUUAUCGCAGAAGAACGAUGUCGCGUUACCUCCUCAUUAUCAUCGAGUAUCGGCUAAGAAACGUAACUAUAACGUAG